AUGCUACGUAGUGGACGUAGAUGGGGCACCGUUCAUAUUGUCUCCGCGAUCCUCCGUCUUAACGGGCAGGUCACGUUUGUCGCAUCACAUGAGCAAGGUUCGGUGGUUGCGCCCGUGGGGACGUCCACCGGAAGUAUCUUCGCACCCCCGGCGCUAGGAGGGCAGAACGGCUCGGACUUGGUGGAUUCCAACAACGCCGCCAUGUCCCCGGCUCAUCAUCCGGACAUGCCGAUGACGACGUCGCCAUAA